AUGUCUGUAGACCCUUACCAUGCUGUGCAACAAGAGAUCCAGAACUCUCUGCAGACCGCUGCACAGCUGCAGUCGUCAUUUCUUCGUAUAAGGAAUAUGGCGAGGGAAGAUAGUGAAGAGUUGAUGUGGGCCAGGAAUGAGUUGAAGGCCACACUCGCGACGCUAGAGGCAGACCUUGAAGAUCUGGAGGAGAGUGUCAAGAUUGUAGAGUCAACAGAUGCAAGAAUGUUCGGACUUGAUGAUGCUGAGGUUCAAAAACGGCGGAGAUAUGUGGGGCAUGUACGAAAAGAAAUAGAGACCACUAAUAAUGUCCCUUCGGAAGUCCAGAACAUGAGAGCCAACGUAUCCUCAUCCCCAUCUGCCUCGCAGCCAUCAGGGUCCGGUACGCAGCUUCACGCAAUUUCUCCUCGAGCAGGCCCUGGUUCACCAUUCUCAGAGAGAUAUGGGGACGACCACCAAUCGGAAUGGGCUCGACAAGAGCAGCAGAUUAUGCUUCAACAGCAAGACCACACGAUGGAUUCAAUAGCGGGCACGCUAAACACACUAGCACAGCAAGCGAGCUUGAUGGGCCAGGAAAUCGAAGAGCAUAACGAAAUGCUUACUGACCUUGAGGCGAACGUGGACCGGUCAGAUCAGAAGCUCAACGACGCGAUGCGACGUAUGCGAAAAUUCCUACGCGAUUCAGAAGAAAAGGGCAGCGGGUGGUGCAUCAUCAUUCUGAUGAUCGUGCUCAUGGCGCUACUGCUGGCCGUCAUUUUGGUAUAA